AUGUUUAAUUUUUUCUAUUUAGUAAAUCAGCAAGGUCAACUUUCACAUAAUCCUGUAACUGCAGCUCAACAGCAACGCGCAGGACCACCCGUUCAAGCGGACGUUGCAGCAGCUGCUGCUAUGUUUGGAGGGGGACAUGUCGCACCUCCACCAGGUUUUGGGAUGCCCACACCACCGGCUCAGGCGUCGUAUAUGCCACAACCUGCGAAUUUACAGUCCUUGUUUCAGAUGCCAACAUAUCAUCCACAAAUGUCUUACCAACAUCAAUUUAUGCUGCCAAACGCUAAUUGUCUUCCUCAGCGUCCUACAGCGCAAACUUCUCCUCCUGAAGGAAACGGUGGAGGACCGCGUCAUGGUGAUGUUCAAAACUAUGGUGCUGAUUCUGUUAAUGAACAACAACAUUCCGGUGGUCCAGCUGGCGGUGGAGCAGGUGGUCAUCAAUCAUAUGUUAACAAGUUCGUGAACAACAGCACCUAUCGUCCUUAUAUGUAA